AUGAGCACUGUUCACGAAAAGAAAUUUUUGCCUUUUCAUUCGAUGUUCGUGCUUUAUUGUGACGUAAAAAAGCACUUUAUCGAAUAUUCGCAUUGUAUAAUCGCAUCUCAAACAGGUGCACUGAAUUUUGAAACAACAAUUCGCGGAAAUCGGCAGGCUGUUCAAAUUGGAUUAGAGACAACUGUCAUAAAAUAUUAUGAAGGGUGCCCUGAAUAA